AUGAUAGAUAAAUUCGUGUGUGCUGAGAUUCCGAAUCCAGAUGUAGAUCCUUUACUGUACGAGAUAGUAAAGGCUAACAUGAUACAUGGACAAUGUGGACUUUUGAACAAAAAUUCUCCGUGCAUGAAAGGAGGUGUUUGCAGCAAACGUUAUCCAGUUACGCUCAUUCAAGAAACUCAAAGAGGUGAAGAUGGCUAUCCAAAAUAUAGAAGGCGAUCAACAAACGAUGGUGGUUUCAAAGUGAGUAUUGAGUCAAUUGACUUAGAUAACAGUUCAAUCAAGUCUAUAAAAUAUGUAUGCAAAUAUGUCACAAAAGGUAGUGAUCACGCAGCGUUUGGUUUAGGAAAAUCUGACCAUACAGAUGAAAUAAAAAUAUAUGAAAGUGGCAGGUAUAUCAGUAGUUCCGAAGCAGCUUGGAAAAUUUUAGGUUUUUAUAUACACGAUAGGUAUCCAGCUAUUAUUCAUCUUGAUGUUCACCUAGAAAAUGGACAACGUGUCUACUUCACAGCAAAUAAUGUUGCCGAAAGAAUAGAAAAUCCACCAACAACUCUUCAGGCUUUUUUCCAGAUAUGUCAAACCGAUAAUUUUGCAAGAACAUUGCUUUAUCCACAAGUUGCUUCGUAUUAUGUGUGGAAAAAUAAGAAUUUUGUUAGACGUAAACAAGGCCAGAAUGUCGAAGGUUGGCCAGGAGUUAAGAAAGAUACAGCUUUGGGUAGAGUUUAUACAAUCCACCCAAACAAUGUUGAAUGUUACCAUCUUCGUCUUCUUCUUCAUUACGUAAAAGGUCCAACAUCGUAUUCAUUUUUGAAGAUUGUGAACAAUAUCGAGUAUCCGACAUUCCAGGCCACAUAUAAAGCACUUGGAUUAUUAGAAGAUGACAAUCAGUAG